AUGUACCGGACGUCGAGCUCGAGUCGAGUUUUCGACGAGUUGGUGUCGGGCACAGUAAAAACGCCAGACAGUGAUUUGGAGCAGCAGCAGCAGCAGCAAAAACAGCAGCUUCCGAGACAUGACUCGGAAUCUGAGUUGUCCAAAAAGGACAAGAAUCGCCUCAGAUCUGCCGAGGCCGCCGUGCACUUCAUCCCGCUUUUGCUCAUCCUCUGUGCCGCCGUCUUGUGGUUUUGCUCUAAACCAGUCGAGACGCCAUUGCUGCACGAGUGA